AUAGAAAAAUGAAUAAGCGGGCUUUAAUCACAAUAAAUAUCCUUCCAUAUCUUCUUCUUCUUCUUCUUCAUUAUCGCAACAGAUCUUCGGAAUUAGCCUAGGACAUGGCGCAGCCUCGGGUAACUAUUGACGUUGGGAACGACGGCGUCGCCGUCAUCACCAUCAGUAAUCCUCCUGUCAACGCCGUAGCCAUUCCAAUUAUUAUCGGAUUGAAGGAAAAGUUUGAUGAGGCCACAAGGAGGGAAGAUGUUAAGGCUAUUGUUUUGACCGGCAAAGGUGGAAGGUUUUCUGGUGGUUUUGAUAUCAAUGUUUUUGAGAAAGUUCACAAGACUGGGGAUGUUUCACAUUUGCCUGAUGUAUCAGUUGAUCUUGUUGUUAACACGAUUGAAGAUUGUAGGAAACCUGUUGUUGCAGCCAUGGAAGGAUUAGCUCUUGGAGGUGGCUUAGAAUUGGCAAUGGGAUGUCAUGCACGUAUUGCUGUUCCAAAAGUUCAACUUGGUUUGCCUGAAUUAACUCUGGGAGUGAUUCCUGGUUUUGGAGGCACACAACGCCUGCCAAGACUGGUAGGGCUUCCAAAGGCGGUUGAAAUGAUGCUGUUAUCCAAAUCAAUCAUGUCUGAAGAGGGCAAGAAGCUUGGUCUGAUCGAUGCUAUUGUGGCUUCUGAAGAAUUGCUGAAAGUAUCUCGUUUAUGGGCUUUAGACAUCGCAGCAAGGCGCAAACCAUGGAUACGUACCCUUCACAGGACAGACAAGAUUGGUUCUCUUGCUGAAGCAAGAGAGGUGCUGAAAACUGCAAGACAACAAGCCAAGAAGACUGCCCCAAAUAUGCCUCAGCACCAUGUUUGUCUUGAUGUGAUGGAGGAGGGUGUCAUUCAUGGAGGGUACAGUGGGGUUCUAAAGGAGGCCAGAGUUUUCAAGGAUUUAGUCUUGUCAGACACUUCAAAAGGUCUUGUACAUGUCUUUUUUGCACAACGGGCAACCUCAAAGGUGCCUAACGUUUCAGAUGUUGGACUCAAACCAAGGGUUGUGAAGAAAGUUGCUGUUAUUGGUGGAGGUCUUAUGGGUUCUGGCAUAGCUACUGCUAUUAUCCUGAGCAACAUGCAUGUUGUUCUCAAGGAAGUUAACUCUGAAUAUCUUCUGCAGGGGAUAAAAAGAAUAGAAGCAAAUGUUCGAGCCUUGGUAACAAGGGGGAAGUUGACAGAGGAUAAAGCAAACAAAGCCCUUUCAAAGCUUAAAGGUGUAUUGGAUUACUCAGAAUUUAAAGAUGUCGAUAUGGUCAUAGAGGCAGUCAUAGAAAGUAUUCCUCUGAAACAAAAAAUAUUUAGUGAAAUUGAGAAAGCCUGCCCUCCUCACUGUAUUUUGGCAACAAAUACUUCUUCUAUUAGCCUGAACAUCGUCGGAGAGAAGACCAGUUCUCAGGAUCGUAUUAUAGGGGCACACUUUUUCAGUCCUGCCCAUGUGAUGCCUCUUCUGGAAAUUGUACGAACAGAGAAAACAUCUGCGCAAGCAAUUCUUGAUCUCAUGGCUCUUGGAAAGAGCAUAAAGAAAGUUCCUGUUGUGGUGGGCAACUGCACUGGCUUUGCAGUCAACCGAACAUUUUUUCCGUAUACACAAGGCGCAUAUAUUCUGGUCAGUUUAGGCGUGGAUGUGUUCAGAAUUGACAAGGCAAUCAGCAGUUUUGGCCUCCCUAUUGGCCCUUUCAUGCUUCAGGAUGUAGCAGGAUAUGGAGUAGGUGCUGCAGUUGGGAAAAUAUUUGUCGAAGCCUUCCCUGAUCGCACAUUUAAAAGUCCUUUGGUUGACCUUUUGGUGAAAAAUGGACGAAAUGGUAAAAACAAUGGAAAGGGAUACUACAUUUAUGAAAAGGGAAGCAAGCCUAGACCAGAUCCUUCCGUUCUACCAAUUAUUAAUGAGAGUAGAAAACUAACCAAUAUUAUGCCUGGGGGAAAGCCUAUAUCAGUUACUGACAAAGAAAUUGUGGAGAUGAUAUUUUUUCCAGUGGUGAAUGAGGCAUGUCGUGUUCUUGAAGAAGGAAUACUAGUUCGAGCAUCUGAUCUUGACAUUGCAUCAGUUCUUGGAAUGAGUUUCCCAUCUUACCGAGGUGGUAUUGUUUUCUGGGCUGAUACAGUUGGAGCAAAACAUAUAUAUACAAGUCUAAAGAAAUGGUCGGAAAUGUAUGGGAACUUUUAUAAACCAUCAAGGUUCUUGGAAGAAAGAGCAAUCAAAGGCAUUCCAUUGAGUGCACCAGUGUCAUCCUCUCCUACAUCAAAGUCUCGUCUCUAGGCAAUAAAUUUAAUUUAUGGUUGUUCAGGAAUUGUGAUGGAGGAAAAAUAAGUGGGUUUCCUGUGCUCAGAAUGCCCAGGUAGAAAUAAAAGUGUGUCAUUCUAUUUUUCGUACUGUAGAAUUGUGGCAUCGUUGAAUCAGUUUGAGUAGUUUGUUUGGCA